GCUCUCCUGGCCCGCUACACCCCCAGACCCAGUGACCUCUUCAAUCGCCGAUUUUAAAUACCUGGGCUUGGUCGAGCCGAGGGAAACGUAGUCGCUAUACUUCCGUAUCUCCCCGUUCCAGCGCACCGCGUGUGAACCACCGAUCCGUCAAUCCUUCACCCAUUAAUAAAAAAAGAAAUACAUUCCCUGGCUUCAGACGAGGGUUUACCAUUCUCUUCCUUUUUUUUUCCCCUCUUGUUUCCUUUCUCCUUCCUUGCUUUUCUUCUUUAUCCGUGGAGUUCUCUCAGGACAGCCUCUUCCGUCUUUGCCCUUUAAAUCCGACAAUCGCAUCGCAUUGAUUGCUCUUGCUCUACCCGGUGUAGUCCCGAGCUCAAUUGAUCAGGACUUCCGUUGAUUCUUUGGAAAAAAACGAAAACAAACACAUUCUUUCAUCAUGUCUGCGAAAGGAGGCAACGGCAGGAAGCCGGCGUCGCCGGCUGUCAACCUGAUCGCUGGUGGUGGUGCGGGUAUGAUGGAGGCCCUCGUGUGCCAUCCUCUGGACACCGUCAAAGUCCGCAUGCAGUUGUCGCGUCGGGCCAGGGCCCCUGGUGUAAAACCGCGCGGAUUCGUUGCCACGGGUGCCGAAAUCGUCAAAAGAGAAACCGCGUUGGGUUUGUACAAGGGUCUCGGGGCCGUCCUGGGAGGCAUCAUCCCGAAGAUGGCCAUCCGGUUCACUUCCUACGAAACGUACAAGCAAUGGCUGGCCGAUAAGGAGACUGGAGCCGUGACCAGCAAGGCCACUUUUCUCGCUGGUCUCUGCGCGGGUGUAACGGAAGCCGUGGCGGUGGUCAACCCUAUGGAAGUCAUCAAGAUCCGCCUGCAAGCACAACACCACAGUCUGUCGGAUCCCCUGGACACCCCCAAGUACCGCAGCGCGCCGCACGCCCUGUUCACCGUCAUCCGGGAGGAAGGCUUCGGCGCCCUGUACCGGGGUGUCUCGUUAACCGCCCUGCGCCAGGGAACGAACCAGGCAGCCAACUUCACCGCAUAUACCGAGCUGAAGGCCUUCCUCCAGAGGAGCCAGCCCGAGUACGCCAACUCGCAGCUGCCUUCCUACCAGACGACCUUCAUCGGACUGAUCUCCGGUGCGGUCGGACCCUUCUCCAACGCCCCCAUUGACACCAUCAAGACGCGACUGCAGAAGACCCGUGCCGAGCCCGGCCAGUCCGCCGUGACCCGCAUCAUGGUGAUCGCCAAGGACAUGUUCAAGCAGGAGGGGGCUGCGGCCUUCUACAAGGGUAUCACGCCCCGUGUGAUGAGAGUCGCCCCGGGUCAGGCCGUCACCUUCACCGUGUAUGAGUUCCUGAAGGGCAAGCUCGAGCAGUCCCGUUGGAGCUUCGUUGGCGGCACUUUUGAGGAGUAA